AUGCUACACGCGCUUCGGCCAUCACUACGGCUGCGUCCGCCUCGGAUCUUGCACUGUCUACUUUUCUCAUCUCUUCGUCGCCGACAACCGCGACCAGCCCUACUGUCACCAACUUGGAGCCAUAAAAAAAAAAUAUCGACCAAACCACCUCCAUUCCGGUAUUUGGUAACGGCAUUUCCGAGCGCCAAGGACGCAACAAUAGCCGAACAAGAUGAUAAAAAAGAUAAAGAUGACAGAGAUCUUUUAACUGAGCUUGUGGAAUCCUCUUAUCCUAUUCCCAAGCCGCGCACGGACAUCAAUAAGGCCUAUUUUCCUGGUAAAGUGUACCGCUCUACGUCGCGUGACGUAGUGUUUCGGGCCAUGGCAGGCAACACGGCUAUUACGACACUAAAAAUACUAGCGUGGCUAAAGACUGGAUCCAGUGCCAUGCUUUCGGAGGCUAUUCAUUCACUCGUGGACACUGGCAAUCAGGCCGUGCUCAUUUUGGGCUUGAAGCAGGCAUCAGGAGUGCCAGAUAAGAAGCAUCAAUACGGAUACGGACGUGCUGCGUAUUUUUGGUCUCUCAUAUCGGCGUUGGGAAUUUUUUGGCUAGGUUCUGGUGCGACCAUUUUUCAUGGUAUUCAGUCAAUUUUGGAUCCUCCAAAGGAGCUAUACUUUUCUUGGGAAAUUUGGUGCGUGCUUGCAGCAUCCUUUGGUAUUGAUGGUUGGGUACUUAAACGGUCAACGCAAGAUUUACUGGCCUCAAAACCCAAGAACGUAUCUUUCUAUCAGCAUGUGAAGCGCAUAAAAGACCCAUUUAUGAUGGCUGUACUGUACGAAGAUUUGGCGGCCUGUACAGGUGUUCUCAUGGCUGGGUGUGGUAUUGGAGCUAGCCACUUCACUGGAGACCCCUUGUGGGAUAGCAUCGCAAGUAUCUCUAUUGGUGUGCUUCUUGGUGGCGUUGCUGUGUCACUUAUUAGGUUAAAUCAGAACUUCUUAUUGGGUCAGUCCGUGGAGCCUGAUAUCGAAAAUGGUAUACGUAAAUUACUUCUGGCUCGUCCUUCCAUUGAUAACGUGUACGCAGUUCAGUCACAGUGGGUAGGUCCGUCAACGUUUAGCUACAAGGCCGAGGUCGACUUUGACGGUACUUAUCUGGCGGCAAAACUACUUCGGAUGUAUAAGCCAGUGUUUUUAGAAACAAAGGAAUUAGACAAAGAUUUGCCGCUUAUUUUGGCCUGGUAUGCAGAGGAUGUCACUCGUCUAGUUGAAAAAGAAGUUCAGGAGGUUGAAGAGGUAAUUCGCAGCAUUUACCCUGAGGCGGCAUUUAUUGAGCUGGAGCCUGAUAGUAAGGAGUCGGAGAUGCGUGCUUUGGUAAAUAUGCAAACAAAAUCCUCUCGCACGAGUGAGCGUGAAGCUAUGAGGCGUGCAUUAGCUCUUCUCGCAAGAACUUUAGAGCGAAAGAGCUCAGAUAGCGAUCGCUCUGUGAGUUGA